UACAGUGUGAUGCCAAAGAGCUAAGAAUAGCAGCCUCUAAAUAUCACGAUUACAAUGUUCUGGAUGUGUGAGUAAACGAGAGAGCGAGAUGUAACGUGUAAAAAUGGAACUGGGACAAGACGUAAACAGCUGGAACUUUGGACUGCAUGUGUAGAAGGCGCAGGGCUGGUAUGUAGUCAGCUGGGUACAGUGGAAAUCAGACCCGUGACUUUGGAGUACUGGACAUGAUGACCACUUGCUCAGGGCUUAAAGUCAGAAAGGCAAUUGAAAUCCAUUAAUUAAAAGCUUGCAGAAUUUAAUUUUAAAUAUAUAUUUAUGCAUGUGUAUGGAUGUAAAAGAAAUGAUAAGAGAAACAUUUACAGCAGUCAGUUUCCUUGUUUUUAGUAGCACUAGCAAUACGGUUCUAAGGAUGGCAAUGUCUGUCAGUCCACCACUUGGUCCUCUGGAAACAAAGUAAGCGGUAAAGAAAUUAAUGAGAUGCAAUUGUACAAAAUAAGUUACAUUACUCUGUGGUGUGUUCUUGCAUGGCUUCUGCUGCUGCUGUUGAAUCCACUGUGUGAGCGUGUUUCUGGCUUGUGUGGCUGUGUGUCCAACUGGCAUGUCAAUUUGACAUGCAUGCAGCUGACCAGGGCACUGCAGUCGUUUUGAUAUUUGGUGUGUGUGCUAGCCAGAGAAUUCUGGUAUCAGUUGCUCCAAUAAUAAAAAUAGUAAAUAUAACCACAGGGGACAGUUUGGUCAUUUCAGCCUUGCUGGAUUUUAAAUCUACAAGCUACUGCUUAUUUAUGGCUGCAUAAUACAAUGACUAUACUGACAAAACCAAAAUCAUUAUGGUGGACAUAAAGGGUCCAAGAGGCAAAUUAGAAUAUCAACAAGCAAAUACAGCAAAUAUAUAUCUAGUAACUGAGUUUGCUGUUAAACCAUACAUGAUAAUGUGUUGCAUGAUUAUAAAAUGAUUUAUUUUCAGGAAAGUUUGCAGAGUUUUAAUUCUCUGUAAACUGAUCCCUGCAAGAAAUGCUUGUUCAUCAAAACUGAGUUGCCACAAAUGAACCAGAUCAUGAGGACGGUAACAAAGCAAGGCUAGCAAAAGCAAAGCAAGUACGCAUUAACGUGUUCAGACAAAAGCUGUACAAGACUCAAAGAUGUAUGCUAAUAAGAAAUUGAAGUCCAAAACUAGUUCUGUGAGCUGCCCAGUGUGACUAGUGUGCUUAUAUUUAAGUGUUGAGAGACUGAACAUUUUGAAGGCUAGAGAAAGGCCCUGGGAUCAUUAAAAUCUGAAAGUCUUCUUCUCUCAAGAACAAGAAAGUGAUUACAAAUGCAACAUUUUAGCCUGAAAGUAGACCAAUUAACUCACGAAGUAUCCAAAAUUUAAAGGCUCAUACAACUUCAUGGCAAUAUGCCAAAAGGAUAUUAGAGACAUCACCAGAACCCAUGUAUUUUUUUCUGGAGACUUUGACCAUCCUGUUUUAUGGUAAUUAGCCCAGUGGGUACAAAUGGAAAUAAACAAACACUUUUUAGUUUGAGCCUUACUACAAGAUUGAUUUUUCAUGUUUUGUCUAUUUUAGAAUGAUAAUGUUUUGUGACUUACUGUCCCCCUUUUGCAAAGAAAGUCAUAAAGUAGAACUGAUUGUAAAUUGGCCAGUUUGGAGUUGCCCUUAGCCAUAGAUAUUUUACAAAGACAUCACCAGGAUGUAAUGUCAAAAGUUGCAGCUGUGUGUGUGUGUGUGUGUGUGUGUGUGUGUGUGUGUGUGUGUGUGUGUGUGUGUGUGUGUGUGUGUGUGUGUGUGUGUGUGUGUGUGUGUGUGUGUGUGUGUGUGUGUGUGUGUGUACGUAAGCUAUGUCAUCAGGCGCCCAGUGAAUGGAAACACUCAAAGCCUCUGUGCCCAUAUGUGUGCAGUGUUGACAUAACUGAGUGCAGCUGAUUCUUUUAAUUUAAUUUGAUUAUUUAUUCAUGAAUGUGUUUAAUUAUUUUACUCAGCAUUGUUUCUGGCCUCUUGGUUCCACAUACACACAAAUAUUGAAAUCACUGAAGUACACAGAAAAACUUUGUUGGGCAUCUACAACUAUAUAUGGACAGUAUUAACCAUAACAGUGAUAGUAAUCUAUUCCAUUCUAAACAUCACAGUUGAAUAUAACAAUAUGAAUAUGAUGGUGUGUACUGCUGUAGUAUUUCCAUUGCACGGUUGCCAGGGAAAAUGUCCUACUGCCCUGUGAACUGCAAGAGGUGUGACUGUACGUAACAUUAUAGUGCUGCAGAGAUUAAGAGGCGUGACAAGCACAUGGUGUGGAAGGGUGGAGAAAUGUCUUAGUAUGGGGUUGUCAACAAAGCGUCAGCUGGGAGGCGGUGCACAGUCCUGACACUGGAGAAGUUUCCCCUUGUAGAAUCAAAGCAGAUAGAAAUGGUCUGGUGGUGAUUUCUUCUUCAUUGCAUCCAAAUGGAUUGUGUGUAACAAAAAUAAUGCAUUAUGGAUGAACAAGUUGACAAGUUAAAGGUAAUUAAUGCAAUGAUGACAGAAUCAGUUUAACAGACAUGUGCUCCUACAGUAUUUUAAGUGUAGGUUCAGGAGUUGACUAGUGCCUUAUGAUUCCCAUGCUGUAGGGAAAAAAAAAAUUGACAAUAAAAAUGGAAUCAACUGUAAAAUCCAGGCUAUUAUGGAAUAUGCCAAAAUGUGGAUGCACUUUAUAAAAAUCAGUUUUCCUCAACAUUAUAAGACUAAGAAAUGAAGAGAACAGAAAAGUUAUGCUGAGAGUCUCGACUGUGUUUUGGUGUCAUUUACAGGUAAAAAUUUAAAAUGGAUUUCAUAGGGCCCCAGUUGAUCCUGAUUCAUCCUUAAUUUCCACAAUUCAAACUCUGUAAAUGCAGUAAAUAAAAGUGUCUUUGGGCAAGAUGCAGUAUCUCUGCCAGACUUUUGCAUCUGAUCAUGACCUCUGACCUCCCUGCAGGAGAAAACAUAAAGGGAAAUUAUUUUAUUAUAGGUAUGAACGAAAUGCUCUUUCCUGCAUCUCUUUCAUGAAAAAAAAAGGAAAUCAUAAAAAAGAUUUCCCUUCUACCAUCUUCUUUUGAUGUGAAUAUAAAUUUUGGUUCUAUUUGCUACAGUUCUGUGGUCUUGUGAUCUUGGGACACUGUGGGCUGGUCUCACUUCCCCUCCAUAACAGGACAUGGAGAUUUUGACGUUAGACGCCAGCACUCCCUAUAAGCACCUGUCCUUCCGCGUCACACCAAGCUUCCACUAUGAAAAGCGUGUGAUUGUUUUCCGAAUGAGACAGUGUGCGUAGAUAGUAGAUUGGGACUAUAUAUUCUCCAUGAAGGCUAUUUUCUCCAUUCAACUGCAAGACCUGUUAGGACGGUGCACACCGAGACUUUUACAGGACAGUGAGAGAUUGUUACUCGUCUUCUAUUAUAACAUGGAGGUGGCCUUCUGUACCAAGGAAGUUAGCAGCCAUGCAACCUCACUGUUGGCAAGUCUGAGCCUCCAAAGAGAACAAGCUCAGUUCUGUGACUGUGUGGUCAGACAAAGACAGAAUCCAGGUCAGCUCUACCCUGCGCACAGGUGUAUCCUGGCAGCUUCCAGUCCAGUGUUGGCAUCUAUCUUGUCCUCCACUGGUGCUCUGGUGGAACUGCAGGCUCCAUGUCUGUCCAACUCUAUACUGGAACUUCUUUUGGACUACAUUUACACAGGGGUUUUGCCAUACACUUGUAACCCGCAAAAAUAUUCCAAUCUGCUCACUGUCGCCUGUUACCUGCAGAUGGAUGAACUGCAGGAGGCUCUGGAGGCUUGUCAGCCAACUGAGGUGAAUGAUGCAGAUGAAACAAAAGCUUCCCCUGGAGCUGAGGAGGGAGCAUCAACAUGCAACAUGCAUUGUGCAAACCACUGUAGUAGAGAAGAUGCAAGCGCUUUAAGCAAUGCAACUGUCUGUUGUAGAAUAUCUGACAGCACUGUUAAUACAGUUAAUUGCAUAUCUAGAGUGGAUAAAGAGGGGCAAAAGGAUAUGUUUCACUCAGCUAGCACCAUAGAAAUACAACCUUGGCAGAAGAGCAAAGGAAGGGAGCUUGUGGAGGACAGGGAAAGCUUGUAUUUACCUCCCACUGAUGAGGUGCAAGAGGAAGAGAGGACCAGAGUGGAGAAUGUGCAGCAACUGUGUCCGACAGUGAGAAGUAAAGCAGAGGAGGAGAAAACUAACAGAAAAGAGGAAGACAAAACUCAAAACAACCACUCAACCUCCCUCCCUCAUGCCUUUACAUCCCGAAAGGACAGUGGUUCUCCCUCACAAUGCUCCCCCUCGUCCUUAUCAUCAUCCUAUCUGUGCUGCGGGGCAGUGCCUGUCAUUCGUCACAGCAGUAGAGCAGCUAUGCUCCAGCUGGCAGAAGUGUCUACAAUGCCUCCUUACCACCCAGUAUACCAGGCCUCAGCCAGCUCCUGCAGCAGGGACCCUGUCUCACGAUCAGCAAGCACAGACAAUGACAGCAUUGUUGAAGGUAUUACUACUAAACACAAAAAUCACUAUGGGACAGAGAAUUUGGAUUACAGAAACAAUAAAGACCACUUUGCACCACAAAGUUUGGAUUUCAAGGACAGUUCAGAUCAAUGUACAAUACAGGAUUUAUGCAAAUCCAGCACAGGUCGAUCUGAUGUGCUGAAAGAGGAUUACAACUGCAGCAAUGCAGAUCAUUUUAUUAAACAAAAUGAUGAACAUAUGGGCAAUGGAUUAUCCCAUGUUACAGAUCGUAAUGAUCACCAUGUCCAGAGUGAUAAUAACAAAAGGCAUCAUAGGGAUGACUCAGUGCUACGUAGUUGUGAUGAUUUCCCCUCCAAACACCAGCAACUGGAAUGUACUUAUAGCCAUGAUGUCUCAUUGGUGACUGUAGGAAAGGAGCGGCCCAUUCACUCUCAAAAUCCGAGAACUUUAGUUCCACUACCUGGAGAGGACUCAAACACAGGAAAUGGCCCUCUUUUUGAGGAUUUCUCUCCCAAGGGAGAAGCAAAAGAGGAACAAAGUUACUCUAGCUGGUGUACAGAUGAAAUAGAUGGACAGGACAGCAACUGUAAGCAACAUGAAAAGGACUCAGACAACAGAGACAUGGCUAUGACAGAUAAAAGAAGCAUUGCAGAUGUGUGUCUGCCUGCCUCUGCCUCACCAGUAUCAAGUUGGGAUAAUGCCUCAGAACGCCGCACUUCCCGGGCAUUGGAAAAUAAUUCAGACACUGAGAUUGCAGAGCCAGGCAUAGUUUUUUCAAAGCCUACAGACAGCAAUAGGUUUGACCCCACAUAUAGUGCUGUGGGGCAGUCAUACCAUGGACAUCUUCAUUAUCACUUCCUGUCUCAGGAGGACACAUAUAUCAAACACAGAGCCUCUGAUAACAACCACUCCAACCCCAGUCACCCUGUCCAUUUCAGUCGUGAUCAUUCAGAACAGUCCAGUGAUGAGGGUGAGGGUGGUACCUUUUCCAGUCCAGGUCACAGUCCUCUGAGGAAGCACUUUGCCACAGGGGAUCCAGACCAGGUUUUACUGCUGGACAUUAGCACCAAAUCUGCAGAGUUGCUAGUGUCCUACAAACGCAGACUUGAGGAAGGAGAGAAAGUGGUUGGCAAACAAGACACAUAUGGGGCUGAGAUUGUAAACAAUGAUGUAGAGCAACGGAGUGAAAAAACAUUUGUAGCAGGGGUUGAAAAGGGAGAAAUUGGAGUUCAAUUUCAGGCUGACACCUUUGAUGAGCCUAAGACAAAAUUAUGGGUAAGAGAGAUAAAUGAUAAGGAAAACAAAUCGUUUGGUAAAGACCAAAGCAGGCCAGGAGUUGAGCUUAUAUAUAAAGUUGGCUCUUUGGAUGUGGAGCAGGUAUCCAGGUCUAAAGAGGGUGAAAAAACAAGUACCUUGACAGUCUGCACACCUCCUAGUGUGCCAGACCCUGUGCAAGCCUCGAUGUCAUCUACCUUGUCCAUCUGCAUACCUUCUACUCUUUCAGUCAGCACACCAACAAAUAUAUCAGCUCAUCUGUCAACUCCUGUUCACCACCCUUUCCAGUGCUCUCUGUGCGAGCGUUCCUUCAGCCAGCGAGGCUCUCUGAAUAGACAUGUGCGGAGCCAUCUUGGCGUACGGCCCUUCCCCUGCCCCCGCUGCCCUAUGACCUUUUCACGGCAGUACCGUGUCACAGAGCACAUGCGUGUUCAUGAGCGGUGUGCUCCUGGGAAUGACUUUCAAAAGCACCCUGCCUCUUGAAUUUAAGACAAUGCAGGGAGGCCACACAAGUUACAUUUACUGUCCUAUCAUUAAAGGAUGGUAUCAGCUCAGAUAAAAACAAAUAUGUUCCAUAUUGUGAAAAUAUAUGGAAUUCAUUUUUGAGAUAAAGUUCUGAAAUUAAUUUCAGAAUUCAUGGCUGUCUGCUCCCUCCAGAGGCCAACAGUGGGAGCUAGCCCUGAUAACACUGCAGGGCAAUGAAAAUGAGUUAUUAAAAAUAUGGAGUUAGAGGAUAAAGAAACACAACUCUAAAUGAAUGCUAAUGUUGCACCUUAUCUGCUGGAUGUGUAAAUAAUGAACUGUUGGUAAGUUUGUCAUAUAUGAAUGAGGCAUUAUGAAUCACAUGCCAGUUUUUGACCAACACAUUUUUUUAAAUGUUAUGACCAGAAACACCAAAAUUCCCUUCAGCAUAUGUGAUGAUGCACAGAAAUGAUGACUGAUGGUGUAAUAGGACAGACAGUUGUAGGAUAGAAUAGAUAUGUUCUCAUUGUAUUCAGUGUGGUUUUAAACAUUGCAAUUACACAAAUAUAACUCAGCUGUGUGUGCAUUUCUCUUGCCUGUUUUGGUUGUAAAAAGUUUUUUCAUACUUUUGCAUUUUGACACAAUGCUGGUUGGCUCAUUACAUUCAUUAGACUACAGAUAAUCUACUCAUUAGGCACUACAUUGUAAUUAAGCAUGGGGUUUCAUUUGAAAGACAGUCAACAUGCUACAGUAUAAUUUCAUUGGCAGCUGGUGCUUGGAAAUUAGAGCACCUGUAGUUUCAAGCAGAAAUACAUAACUUUCUAAAUGUUUCAAAUACAGCAAAGAUGACAGAGUAUCAACUGUGACAUUUUCUAAGGUUGUUAUUUAUGCUAUCAAAAUGUCACCAAUAAUGUGAAGUGUUAUAGCAUUAUAUAUGUACAGCUUCCAAGGUUAUAUUGCUUACUUAUGUGUAGGAUGUCAAACUUGUCAUAAUGUGUAAUUAAUGACAAAUGCUAUAAUCAAGUGAUAAAAACAUUAUUCAUUGCAAUUUUCAUUCCUUCCUUUAUGAAUGUCAGUGUUUCCUAAAGAGAUUUAAAUUAGAGAAUAAUAACAGCUGCUCAUUUUAUGACAGUAACAAAGAAACGUGGCUUGUCUUUUUGUCUCAUGCACAAUGUUUAUGUGAGAUGCUAGUUGUUUAGAUGUUUAUAUAAGACUCCAGUUUUGUUGUUUUCUUGUUAAAGCUGAAUAAUCUCAAACCCAGUUAAACAGAAUUUGAAAAAGGUGUUUGCUAUAAUUAAGAAAACCUGGCUAUAUUUUGUUUACAACAAACAAUCUGAAC